AUACUACUACUAUUUCACUCAACCCGUAAAAAAUUUCCCAGCUGUUUACACCCACGGCCACACUUCAUCUUCAUUCUCUGCUUCUCAUUUUUUUCUUUUCACCGACAGAUCUUCAAUUCACACUUUCCCUUUUUCAAUUCUUGGGUUUCCCAUUUCCAUUCCACAAAUCAUACACUGCACUUUUAUUGCAGUGUAUGUGUACCAUCCAUUUUGCCAUUUGCAAGUGAUUAAUUUAAUUGUGUGGGUAUGAUGGAGUAGUGAAGUUUAGGGUUUAAAGAUUUUUUUUUUUUUUGGUUCUUGAUUUGGGUGGUUUAUUUGUGGGGGGUUUAAUGGCUUCAGAGAUUGUGGGUAGUAGUCAGAGCUGGAAAGAUGUGUAUAAAGGGAUGUCAUCUGAUAAUAUUAAAGGAUUAGUUCUUGCACUGUCUUCAAGUAUCUUUAUUGGUGCUAGCUUCAUUGUUAAGAAAAAGGGGUUAAAGAAAGCUGGUGCUUCUGGUGUCAGGGCUGGAGUUGGAGGAUACUCAUAUCUUUUUGAGCCACUCUGGUGGGUGGGCAUGAUAACAAUGAUUGUUGGAGAGGUUGCUAAUUUUGCGGCUUAUGCAUUUGCCCCUGCCAUUCUGGUGACUCCUCUUGGUGCUCUCAGUAUUAUAAUAAGUGCUGUCCUUGCACACAUUAUUUUGCGGGAGAGGCUACAUACCUUUGGAAUUUUAGGUUGUGCUUUGUGUGUUGUUGGUUCCAUCACAAUUGUGUUGCAUGCUCCACAAGAACGUGAGAUUGAAUCUGUGACAGAAGUGUGGGAUCUUGCUACUGAGCCAGCUUUUCUCUUCUAUGCCGCUUUGGUGGUAACAACUUCCCUAGUUCUUAUAUUUCACUAUCUUCCACAAUAUGGGCAGACACACAUUAUGUUUUAUAUUGGAGUUUGCUCGCUAGUAGGUUCUUUAUCGGUUAUGAGUGUCAAAGCAAUUGGCAUUGCUUUGAAGUUGACAUUAUCAGGAAUGAAUCAGUUAAUAUAUCCACAGACUUGGGCGUUUACUAUGAUUGUCAUUGUCUGUAUUAUCACCCAAAUGAAUUACUUAAAUAAGGCCCUUGACACAUUCAAUACAGCUGUUGUCUCACCGAUAUACUAUGUCAUGUUUACUUCUUUAACAAUUUUGGCCAGUGUCAUCAUGUUCAAGGAUUGGGACAGGCAAAAUCCAACACAAAUAGUAACAGAAUUGUGUGGGUUUGUGACCAUUCUUUCUGGGACUUUCCUUCUUCACAAAACCAAAGACAUGGUUGAUGGUCCCCCGACGCUACCUGUGCGACUCCCCAAGCACACCGAUGAGGAGGAUGGUUUUGGACAGGAAGGUAUUCCUUUGAAGCGGCAAGAUUCUUUGAGAUCAUAGUGUGAUAUUUGUAUUCCUCUUUUUUCUUUUUCCACUCUUUCUUUUCACCCUGGUCGAGGAAAUUCCCUCAUUUGUUCCUCUUCUUCUUCCAAGAAGAGAUCACACACCAAUUGUAUUCUAUUGGACUGUUUUUGUUAUAUGUCAGUGAGAGUAACAAGGAAGAGCAUUUCAACCCGUCCUUAAAGCUAUGAAAUCUGCAGAAGCUAUGCACUUGCAAUUGUAGUGCCUAUAGUUGAUUA